AUGAAGAACACUUUGGAAGCUGUGACUGUGACAUUUCAACAUUCUGAGUUGAACAAAGCUUAUGCUAUCAAGCUCUGUGGUCAUGGUAAAAAUUAUUCAUUUGAACACGUUCACAUUGUCAAAAAAAUAUCCCAAAGGUCUCAUAAGCACAUUCAUGAAGCAUGGCACAUCAUGCGCAAAUGCGGAAACUUCAAUUAA